CCUGGGCUACAAUAUUCCAAAGUAGCCUGGGCCUGGCCCAACUCUAUUGCCAACUCUGUGAUAGAAACACUUCUUUCCUUUCUCGAGAAACAAACAACUCCUUUGGCAAGUGGUGUGUGGUGUGGAGCGAAGAAACCAUGAUCAAGGUGGAAGAAUCAAGUGUGCUAUUCUCAUUGCUGAAUGCAGAAAACCAGGCGUUAGAUGAAAUCAUGACUGAUUUUAACUCUAAGUUCCCUCGAAUCCGCCAUUUUAGACUCUGCACCUCCCUCCUCAUGCUCUUGGAGGACAAAAGUGUGCUCAAAUCUACUCAGCGCUUGGUUGCAUUCACUAUUCUUCUUCAGGCUUACUCCUCUCAGCAAUCAUCUAUGAACCCAUUCAUAUCUUUUCUUAUAAAUGCAGCAUGUAAUGAAGAAGCCGAGAAAUAUGAAAGAGCAUUUAUUCUCCAGUUGUUAGCCUCUGCCAACUCUAGCAAUAGUAAAGAGGUUCUAAAGCAAACUGCUACAGACUUCGUCAAAGGUUUUGAUCCUUCGUCACAGGCUUUCCCACAGCAAGAACAGUUGCAGCAGCAAUAUUGUGAUAGGGUUCAUCCAGAACCAUAUAAUUGCUUACUCAGGAAUGCCACUGUGAAAAAUGUGGUACCAGACCCUGAUGUCCCCAGUGGUUGUGACAUAAAUUCACCAGAGUUUGACUUGGAACCUGGAGCCAAACCAAAACUUGGAUCAGGAGAUAGAGAUGAGGCACUAACUGGGCUGUUGCAAAAUUUGUCACUGGAAGGAUUUGGUCCAAGGUGGAUCAGGCCACUUCCACCAAGGCUUCUGAUACAAGAUGAGCUAGUGUGGCUUAACCCUGACAACAAUCAUGAGCUUCAAUGGGAUUAUGGUAUGUGUGCUGACACUAGUAGGGGGGCUGCAGUUAGGGAUCUGAUUGCCAAAGCUUUGAAGGGGCCACUUGCACCUACACAACAAGAGCAAGUGUUUGUUGAGUUGGCAAAUGAUCCAAAGCUUGUAUAUCACUGCGGACUGACGCCAAGAAAGCUGCCGGAUCUGGUGGAAAACAAUCCCCUUAUUGCGGUUGAAGUUCUCAUUAAGUUGAUUAAUUCAGCUGAAAUUGAGGAGUACUUCAGAGUUCUUGUCAGUAUGGACAUGAGCCUACAUUCAAUGGAAGUCGUUAACAGGCUUACUACAGCGGUUGAACUUCCCACCGAAUUUGUACACAUGUACAUAACUAAUUGUAUAUCAUCUUGUCAAAACAUCAAGGAUAGGUACAUGCAGAACAGACUUGUGAGACUUGUAUGUGUAUUCUUGCAGAGCCUAAUUCGAAAUAAAAUUAUUAACGUUCAAGAUCUUUUCAUUGAAGUUCAAGCCUUCUGUAUCGAGUUCUCAAGGAUUAGGGAAGCUGCUGGACUAUUUAGGCUUCUUAAAACUUUGGAAUCUUGAUGCUGUUUGCAUUGCUGUUUGUUGUAGAUAACGACAUUGUCAUUCUCAUCCUUCACCACUCUGAAGUUUGGAAAUUGUAGAACCAUUUGAAAUGUGCUUUGUUUUGAAUAACAACCAUGCUAUAUGGAUUAAAACUCUUGUUCAGAGUUGUUCAGCAGCUCAAGUCAAGUUUUGACCCAAACAGACCUUAAGCUUGAGUUACAGGCCUAAUUGAUUGUAAAAUGCUUUGUUUGGUUUAGAUCAGAUCAAAUAAAUUUCCUGGAUGCUAUUUUUAGGUUAA